GACGCCAUUUAUGUGGCGGGGAACGGCGGUGCGGCCUGAUAUCAUGGCGCUGUUCCCGGCCUUUGCUGACGUUAGUGAGGCUCCCGAUAGCGGGAGCGCCAGGAAAGAAUUAGACUGGCUGAGCAACCCAAGCUUUUCUGCUGGAACCGUAACGUCUCUGAGCCAGCAAACCGAAGGGGCCACAGCUCUUGUUCCUGAGGCGUCCCCAGUGACAAGGAGUCCUCCGAAAUCAGAGCCUUCAGAUGACAGUGACACUAAGAAAAACCUCAAACAAACAAGCAGAAAAAAGAAGAAAGAGAAAAAGAAGAAAAGGAAGCAUCAACACCAAAAGAAAACCAAGAAGAAACAUGGGCAGACCAGUAGCAGUGGGUCUGAGCCCGAUACUGAUUCUGAAAAGGACCAGUCUUCCAGGAGUAGAGACAGUAAAAAAGAAUCAGAGAAAGCGAAUCAAGAAAAUGCUGCCACUGCUGCUGCUGAUAUUGGACGUUGCUUUGUUUGGCUUGAAGACAUUCAGACUCUGACCGGAGAAACCUUCAGAACAGAUAAGAAGCCGGAUCCUGCAAACUGGGAGUAUAAGUCGCUCUACCGAGGAGAUAUAGCAAGAUACAAGAGGAAAGGAGACUCCUGCCUCGGCAUUAACCCUAAGAAGCAGUGUAUAUCCUGGGUGGGGGCUUCCGCAGAAAAGAAACGCUCCCACAAGCCCGUGGAGCGCUAUUUCACGAAGAAGAACGUGGGAUUGAUGAAGGUCGAAGGAGCUGCCGUUAACAGAAAAACCGAACCUCCCUCAUCCGAGCCAAUCGCGUUUAUCCCAGUGACAGGCUCCGGCGAUGUGGUUCCUCCUGUUACAACCUGGUUGAAUCCCCUGGGGAUUUAUGAUCAGUCCACCACGCAGUGGCUACAAGGACAGGGUCCUUCGGAGCAAGAGUCAAAGCAGCCAGACUCACAGCCAGACCGAGAGAAUGCGCUUCUCAAGGCCAAGGUGGAGGAGUUCAACAGGAGGGUUCGGGAGACUCCGCGGGAUGUUCAGCUGUGGAUGGCGUUUGUUGCUUUUCAGGACGAGGUCAUGAGGAGUCCCGGCCUGUAUGCCAUUGCGGAAGGGGAGCAGGAAAAGCGGAAGAAGUCGCUGAAGCUCGUCCUGGAGAAGAAGCUGGCCAUCCUGGAGCGCGCCAUUGAAAGCAACCAGAGCAGCGUGGACCUGAAACUCGCCAAGCUGAAGCUCUGCUCCGAGUUCUGGGAGCCCUCCACGCUGGUCAAGGAGUGGCAGAAGCUGAUAUUUCUGCAUCCCAACAAUACGGCCCUUUGGCAGAAGUACCUGUUGUUUUGCCAGAGCCAGUUUAGCACCUUUUCGGUAUCAAAAAUUCACAGCCUUUAUGGGAAGUGCUUGAGUACUUUGUCGGCUGUGAAGGACGGCAGCAUCUUGUCCCACCCUGAGUUGCCUGGCACCGAAGAGGCCAUGUUUGCACUCUUUCUUCAGCAGUGCCACUUCCUGCGCCAGGCUGGCCACUCUGAGAAGGCCAUCUCUUUGUUCCAGGCCAUGAUUGACUUCACCUUCUUCAAACCUGACAGUGUGAAAGAUUUGCCUACCAAAGGACAGGUAGAAUUCUUUGAGCCCUUUUGGGACAGUGGAGAGCCCCGAGCUGGGGAGAAGGGCGCCCGAGGCUGGAGAGCGUGGAUGCACCAGCAGGAGCGGGGCGGCUGGGUGGUCAUCAGUCCAGCACAUCUCAGUUCAGACCAGCCUGAUGGGAACAUGUCAGUGGCUGCCGUGUUGGACAGCACAUCUCUUAACUGUCCAGAAGACGAUGACCAGGAAAUCAGAGAUAAGACGCUGCCCAGGUGGCAGGUCUGGCUUGCUGCGGAGCAGUCCCGGGACCAGAGGCACUGGCGGCCGUGGCGCCCGGAUAAGUCCAAGAAGCAAACGGAGGAAGACUGUGAGGACCCGGAGAGGCAGGUGUUGUUUGAUGAUAUUGGACAAUCCCUGAUCCGACUUUCCAGCCCAGAGCUUCAGUUUCAGCUGAUCGCGGCCUUUCUGCAGUUCUUGGGUGUGCCUUCUGAGUUUGGCCCUCCCGCCUCCUGUCUCUAUCUGGCCAUGGAUGAGAACAGCAUCUUCGAUCAUGGACUUUGUGAUGAAAAGCCAUUGACUUGUCUCAACCUGUCAUAUUCUGGUGUCAGCUGUGUUGGCCGCACAGACAAGUUGGGCUGCCGGCGCUGGACCAGGGGUCACAACCGAGAGGGCGAGGAGUUCAUCCGUAACAUCUUCCACCUUGUGAUGCCUUCGUUUUCAGGCAAGGAGAAGUCGCAGCUCUGCUUCUCCUGGUUACAAUACGAGAUGGCCAAGGUCAUUUGGUGUCUGCACACUAAAAACAAGAAGAGGUUAAAGUCACAAGGAAAGAAUUGCAAAAAACUAGCCAAGAAUCUCCUUAAAGAGCCAGAAAACCGUAACAAUUUUUGCCUCUGGAAGCAGUAUGCACAUCUGGAGUGGUUGCUUGGCAACACAGAGGACGCCAGAAAAGUGUUCGAUACAGCGCUCAGUAUGGCAGGGAACAAAGAUCACGAACUCUGUGAGCUCAGCCUGCUCUAUGCUGAACUGGAGGUGGAGCUGUGUCCAGACCUGAGAAGGGCCACCGCAGCCCGAGCUGUUCAUGUAUUGACCAGACUGACUGAGAACGGCCCCUGUGGGCCCUACACCGAGCCCGUGUUGGCCAUUCACAUUCUGAAAGCUCGGAAGGCUUAUGAACACGCUCUGCAGGACUGUUGGGGUGAGAGCCACAUCUCCGAUCCAGCUGCCCUUAGCCGCCUGAUCAGCUUGGCCAAAUGCUUUAUGCUCUUCCAGUAUUUGACUGUCGGGAUCGAGGCUGCUGUGCGCGUAUACGAGCAGGUAUCUGUGAAACUGAAGGGCCCUGUUUCCCCCGCAGGCCCUGGCCUGGAGGAAGGUGCCAGCCCCCAGAGCCUGGGCGGUGCUCUCGAGGCCGUCACGCUGAUGCACACGAGCCUGCUCAGAUUCCACACCAGAGUCAGUGUCUGCCCUCUGGCUCCCCUGCGAGAGGCGCUCUCCCAGGCUUUAAAGUUGUACCCGGACAACCACGUUCUGUGGAGGUCAUAUGUACAGGUUCAGAGUAAGUCCCACGAUGCCAGUAAGACCAGAAGAUUCUUCGAUGCCAUCACUAGGGCUACGAAAUCCUUGGAGCCUUGGCUGUUUGCAAUUGAAGCUGAGAAAAUGAGAAAAAGACUGGUGGAAACGGUUCAGAGGGUAGAUGGCAGAGAGGUCCAUGCCACAAUUCCUGAGACUGGCUUGACACAUCGGAUCAAAGCCCUGUUUGAAAACGCGAUACGGAGCGACAGUGGCAGCCAGUGCCCCUUACUAUGGAGGAUGUAUUUGAAUUUUUUGGUUUCCUUAGGAAAUAAAGAAAGAAGCAAAGGGGUGUUCUACAAAGCACUGCAGAACUGUCCUUGGGCAAAGGUGUUGUACAUGGACGCCGUGGAGUACUUCCCCGAUGAGAUGCAGGAGGUCCUGGACCUGAUGACCGAGAAGGAACUCCGAGUGCGCCUGCCCCUGGAGGAGCUGGAGCUUCUGCUGGAGGACUAGGGACCGAGGCUGUCGCCUGCCCUGUGGGAGCCAGGAUGAGCAAGAGACAGGUGACACGUGCGUGUGAGCGUGUGUUAGCAGACUCUUGCUUUUCAAGUUUCUUUCUAGAUAGUGUGUGUCUGGGUUAUCACUCUCUCACCUCCUGCAUUUUUUGGAUGUGCAAAUGACACAAAAGCUAUCAUUUUACAUAUUAUAUAUGUGACUGUGUAUAUAUGUACAUAAACAAGAAUCAGGCCAAGUAUAA